AAACUUUAUUCGUCAUAAUUGUCUCUGAUUUGGUAAUCACUCUGGAAUCCAUCCUCACUGGGCGGAUUGUGGAGAGAGCAUGCGUCAGUGUUGACGACUGCACUCCAGGGCUAGCUAAUCAGCUACCGUUAUAUUCUGUAGCUAGAAAUGCAAUAACGUCGUCCUGUAAUUCUAUUUCGGCCAUAAAGGAAAAGCCUUCGUGCAAAAAUGAUAACUUUAUCAAUAAGCGUUGAUAUUACUGGUCUCUUUUCCACCGUCAAAUAUUGCCAGGUCGUGUGACUGCAUUGCCCGAUUUACGUUAGCAACAUCUUCAGGAAUUCGCCAGAUAGCAAGCUAGCUAGCCAGUCAGCUAGUUACCUAGCUAAAUUACUGCCAAAUUGGUCGUAGUUAGUUUCCUCCAAAGGCUCUACAACAACAGCCAUGGGAAUAAUUUUCACCAAGCUAUGGAGGCUUUUCAAUCAUCAAGAGCACAAGGUUAUUAUUGUGGGCCUGGACAAUGCAGGGAAGACCACCAUUCUUUACCAGUUUUCUAUGAAUGAGGUGGUGCACACCUCUCCUACAAUAGGCAGCAACGUGGAGGAGAUAGUGGUGAACAACACUCAUUUCCUGAUGUGGGACAUCGGCGGGCAGGAGUCACUGAGAUCCUCCUGGAACACGUACUACACAAACACAGAGUUUGUGAUCAUAGUGGUGGACAGCACUGACCGAGAGAGAAUCUCUGUCACCAAAGAGGAGCUCUACAGAAUGCUUGCACAUGAAGAUCUGAAGAAGGCGGGCCUGCUGAUCUUUGCUAACAAGCAGGAUGUGAAGGGCUGCAUGUCUGUGGCUGAGAUCUCCCAGAGCCUGCAGCUCACAUCAGUCAAAGACCACCAGUGGCACAUCCAGGCCUGCUGUGCCCUCACUGGGGAGGGGUUGUGCCAAGGCUUGGAGUGGAUGACGUCACAACUGCGAGUCAGAUGACCUUUGACCCUGAUCAACAACAACUACAACAACAGGUGUGCUGUUCCUCUCCUUUUCUCUACACCUUCAGUCCUGAGGGGUGUAGUGGUUGGUUGACGGGUGGCCCUCUCCAUGAAGCCUCUAACCUGACCCAGCCGGCCAGACUUCCAGGAUUUUGUUUUUCUGCUGCGUGUUUAUUUAUUACUACAAAACACUGCUCUGACUGAGAACUGUGAGCAACCAAGAACCGAAAAACUCUACCUUUUCAGGAUCAAUUCUGGAAAGAAAAGUUCAACAAAAGACUGAUAAGAAUUCCGGUGUGUUGAAUUUCCGAAUCUGCAAGGUUGGUUUUCCAACUAAAAAAAGAUAUGGACAAUCUGGGACUGGAGGUGAGCUUGGACUUAGAGGACUCGUAUUUAGUUGUUUGGGUGAGCCUGCCUGCCCAGCGUGGCCUUGUUUCAGUAUUGCCAUACUGUCUGAGAUGGUGGUAUUUCCCUAUGUGUACAGUCCAGUAUUUACAUUAUGACUGCGUCCCAAAUGGCGCUCUAUUCCUUAAUUCACAUUUCAUUACCUUGUGCCUGCUGCUUCGGAAUCCUGAAGUGAUGAUGGCUGAAGAUACUGAGUCACAGAACCGAAGAGCGGGAAAUCCAACUCUCUCAGCUCAUAUGAAAUACAUUGGAAAAAAUAAAGUGUUUUUAUCUGUUUUGGGUUCAUUUA